UCACACGAAGUUGAGCAGUGCUGCGAUGACGUCUUUGAGGUACUCGUCGCUCUCGCCCGCCUGCAGAUACGUCGACUCCAGCCGGUCACUGAACGUAGACACCAACUGCAGCAAAGACAGCACAAAUGAAAGAUCCACCCAUUCAUUCAUGCAUUCAGCUAUGCCACUCCCCUUUCUCCAGACUUACCUCUUCGCUUGAUUCGUGCAGUUCCAUCGCCAUCAUGAUGUAGAUGGCCACCCGCAGCUGACUCCUGUGGAGGGAAGCCAGCGCCACAUUCUCCUCGAGUGUGCGUGUGAUGAGGCGGCGGCGGUUCUUGUCAGCGAGGGAGCGGAGGGCGAAGCUCGGCGGGGCGUCAUCGUGCAGGUCGGGCGGGAAGAGGAGUGCGAGAGUGGCGGGCUGGUGGAGGACCGCCUUGCUGUAUCUGAUCUGAGCGGCGUUUGGACCCUGUUUGCUCUCGCUGAGCCACUGGGCGUUCUGCUUCGUCAAAUACUCGUGGAGAUUCAU